UUGCAGCCAAGCCGAGGCAAAUCGUUAUUCAUUAAAAAAUAACGUUAUAAAAUAUAAUAAUAUUCUUAGAAAUUUGAAUUUAUCAAAUGGAGCCUGUUUCAUAGAAAUUUUGGAAGUAGAAGGUAGACAUAAGAAGCUACAGACACUAGUCACAUGAAUCUCUUGAUUCACCAAACACGAGAAAGGCCUCCACGAAAAAAAGUUUUCACGAAAAAUACCUCCAGUUUCUUAUUAUAAGGUAGCAAUUAAGUCAACAUUCUUGUUCCAAUGUAAGAUUAUCUUGCAGAUAUUGGAAUAAACCAAUUCAUAUUUUGUUAUAAUCUGUGAUAACAACCCAGCCGGCCGGGUUGGUCUAGUGGAAAAUGAGUGUAAUAAAUUCGGUCUGCUAGCACCGCCUUGUUGGUGGGUUCGAUUCCCACCGAUGACAUGGACGUGUCAUCAAUUCACUAAGCCACUCUUCAUUACCGAAGCAGAAAGCUCAUGUGAGCAUCAUCAGAAACAAAAAAAUCCAUGAACACAGAGAUGCGUUCCAUCUAAGCAUCUAAGGGAAAAUACUGUAGUGAAACUCUUGACAUCUUCUUGUUUUCUUCUUCUUUCAGCUCAAUCGUUUGAUUGGUUGAUCUUCCAUCUAAAUCUGUCCUUUGCUACUCUCUUCCAUUGUACAUUUCUAGUUUCAAUGUGAGCUUAAAUUGCAGACUUUGGAAUGAAAGAAGACGACACUCUGUCAGCCGAGCAACUGCCAGUCCUAGUGGGCGACAAACUGCGCUUCCCUUGCCCCAAGUGUGGCAAAACGUAUCAGUGGAAAUAUUCGCGCGACAACCACCUGCGUAAUGAGUGCGGAGUCGAGCCUUCCUACAAGUGCCCCUAUUGCCAAUACAAGGCUAAGCGCCGCUUUCACAUCAAACAGCACUGUGCACUUAAACAUGCACUAAUUCCCCCAUAGAAUAAAUCCAUUUCACACUUGAAACUGAAAUAUUGUUAAACUUCUCCUCUCAGGUGUAAUAGAUGUAGUCUUAUUUUCAGAUAAUAUAAAAUUGGUCUCAAUUGCUAAAAAUAUCAUGAUCACGACAUACUUAUUCUUGUUUAUUUGUUGGUGUAAAAACAAGAUUUUUUAAAGUUUAUCCUGAUUGUGUAUAUGGUAGCCUAUUUGUACUAUUUGUGUUCCACUAACUCACUGUGUACAUAAUCCUUCAGCAAAUAGAAACAAUAACUCAUUAUUAUGAUGCAAUACCAUUCAGUUGGCGGUCAGACAAACAUAUCUUCUCCUGACCAAACUCUCAACAACAUCUCAAAGAAAUUGGUGAUAUAUAUUGUGUAUCUUAUGAGCCUCAUAUGUGUUGUGUAUCUGCCAUACGCUAAAUAAUAAUACCAUUCAGUGAUCAUAAAUUUCCAAGUAGCAUUCAGAAAUAACGCUAUCCUCUCAAUAUUUCAGGGGGAGAAGAGGAUGGUCCUAUUUUCUUGGAUGGUCAAGUGCGUUAUCCUUGUUUCAAGUGCAAUAGAACCUAUAAAAACAAGAGAGACAGGUAUACGCAUAUGAGCAAGCUGUGUGGCAAAGAACCGAUGAUUCAAUGCGAUUCCUGUAAUUAUAGAUGUUGGAAUAUGACGAAUCUCAAACUUCACAAAUACACAAAACACUCAUCAAUCUAAUCUCAAAGAUAUUUAUUUUCCAGACAUGAAUAACGUUUUUUUAACGAAUGAAGUUCACAAAUACAAACUAAUGUCAAAGACCCUAAUUUUCCAAACAUGAAUUACUUCUUCAACGAAUAGCAGUCUAUUCAAAGAUAUUGAUUAAUUCUUGAUUAAUGGGUGACAGUAUUAUAAUAGAAUGAUUAUUUUUACAAGAUGUGUCAUGUGUUGAAAAAUAUUAAUGUAGGCUUUUUGUAAUUUAAUCAUGUUCAUUUUGGAAAAUUAUCAUGCCGCUCUAGGUACUUUAAUACACAAUUUUUAUAUUGUAAUGAUGAGUUAUUAUAUUUUUUACUGUUUCGUAAUUUAGUCAUGUUCAUUUUGGAAAAUUAUCAUGCCGCUGUAGGUACGUUGAUAUACAAUUUUCAUAUUGUAAUAAUGAGCUAUUAUAUUUUUUACAGUUGAAUGGUGUCUACUCAUUUCAAGUAGAAAAUGUAUCAACUAUGGAGAAAUUAGAAAUUAUCUUAUCUUGUGAAGAUCUUUGAAUAAAUAAAAGCUUCAACGAAAAUACUUUCUCAAUUCCUCGAAAUCUCUACAAGGUCCUCAAAGUUUAUUUCUCAACCCUCUCCAUAUUUGUUUCUGUUCCAGUCUACUUUGAAGAGUUUCCUCUUCCCCUUUUACUUGAAACUAAU